UCGAUCACACAUCCUAAUGGGCAGUCCAGUACGGCUUCAGUGUUCCAAGUCUCUAAACCACUCCUCUGUCUAACAGGUCUAACAGGUGCCUUGCAUCAGGCCCGUAUUGUACUCGAUGAUUGAAUGAAUCUGCAAUUUAGUUCAUACAUCAAUACCUGCGUUGCCAUGCUUCUUCUUCCAGUAUUUAUAGCGUAUUAGCUAUUCUAUUGCGCUCACGACCAAUUCCGCAACCAGUUGCUUCCACGCACACAAGCCAAUGGACACUGGCUAUCGACGUCCACUUCCCACCCCUGUCUGACCGCCGAACGACUGUCGAUAUACACAUGUAUCGACCACAGAGCCAGGUGCCUCGCGCUAUCCGUGUGAGGAUUCAGAGCCAGGCUGGGUAUGCGAGUGCGCUCUAUCCUCCAAUCCUCCCAACAUUGGCUGGCUGGCCGCUGCCUUCAUCGGCUGCGACUCGUCAAUGAGCAACAUCCGGAUAUAUUGGCAGUUGAGGAGCGAGUUCUACUACAGCCGGCACUACUGUUACGCCGCUCGGGACUUAACGAUUGUAUAAAGAUCCUUGCCUAAGGAGGAUGGUUUUAGGAAAACGUAUUGACGUCUCUUGACAAGAAAGUUUGUUUGAGUUAUAAACUUUCGUCAAGCGAUGACUACAGGCGCUGUACUCGCUACCUCUGAUGUUUCUUCAUUUGGGUGCGGUUCACGAGCGACGACGUCGACGACGACGCGAGGACGGUGCCAACCGAGGUGACACGCCUGGAUGAAAUGUUCGCUAUCUUGAUGUUACUAUCCGCGAAUCUUCUCACGGAUACUUCAGCUGAAAUUUGGAACUCAGCCUCUCAAGUGGCUGUGGUGGUGGUGUGUGACGCUACCACCUCCACCCACUGUGCCAACAGCGUCGAUCUCCUGGAAAACACCGUGGGCUUUCUCAAACAGGGUUGCGAAUACAAUCUCAACGGAUCACUGUACAUUAAAGAUCGGUUGGUUCCACAGGAUUUACCCGACUUGGAAGCGUACAUCAUCACCACUAGAGCUUCGUUUGUGUUGGCGUUUGGAACCACUGGAACUAUCCAAGCAGUAUCUGUGUUAGCAAAGGGGUUGGGUCUACCACUGCUUGGUUACAUUACGGCUGGCGACAAAAGAGGGGUUGCAUACUCCGAUGUUUACGUGUCUCUCAAUGCCCGGAUGUCUACCGAGGGCGCCGCCAUGGCCCACGUGAUCGGCGAGUACAACAUGCCACAGACGGUAGUGCUAAUUCAGGACUUGUUUCUCAAUGAUGGAUUCCUGACAGGGUUUGAAUCUGCUGGAAAGGGUACAGACAUUGGUUCCUUCAAAUACGAGGUGAUAUGGGACAGCAUCACCGAUGGUAUUCUCGAGAGAAUGCUCACGGAACUAUCUAUCACAGGAUGGAAGAUCAUCGUGCUACACUGCACCCCGAAACUUAUGCAGACUGUCGUUCAUGGCGCCAUAAAGUACCGUUUUUGGCACUGGACAUGCGUGGUUCAUGACUGAAAAAGCCUACACGGAUAGUCCGGAAAUCUUAUCCUCCCUCCCAGAGGGACUUCUGUCUUUCCAGAGUUACAGCCUGACUGGGAUCUCGGGUGUCCUCCUCAGCGCUCUAAAGACUAUUGCCCAUGCGUGCCUUUGUCAGCUCAGUGAGCUGCGCUCAUUUAUGGAUGCAAUCCCUCUUGUGAAUAGUUCCGAUUCCUGUCCAGCUCUAGAACCUCAGCUCGCCACAAAUCAACUCCUAAUGAGGAAUCUGGCGUCAUCUUACAACUGUGAAAAUGCUAGCAGCUCUCAAGUGAGGUCGCCAUCUGACGUUCCCAGUCGCGACGACGUCGCCUUCCACCUUUACAACCUACGGGAGAACCCAAGAACAGAGAUGGUCUGGAACAACGUAGGCUACAUAACUGCCACUGGCGUCACAAAUCUCAAGACGGUUCUUUGGCCAGGAAGAACUAUCUAUGGUCCGGCUUCCCAUACGGACAAAACUUACAGGGUGGUCACCCGACCUGCGAAACCUUUUGUGUUCAUUGAAGGUCCAGUUGAGCAUCCAUCAGAGUGUUUUGCGGAUCAGCCUUGUAUUGAAAUAUUUGAUAAUUCCCCUAGUGCAAUAGCUUCUGUGAUAGAGACCUUCUUAACCACCAAGGGAUACAAUAGGACUAAUUACCGUGUUCAUUGCUGCAAAGGCCUGGCUUUGGAUUUACUGGACAAGCUGGCAGUGGAUCUCAAUUUUGAUUACGUGAUCUAUUUUCUGAAUGACACCGAUUAUGGAACGUAUAAGAAUGGUCAGUGGUCGGGCAUGGUUUCUGAUAUAGUAAAUGGCGCCGCCGACCUCGUGGUCGGAGCUUUCAGUGUAACAUCAGAGCGUCUUUCUGUCAUGUCCUUCACAGAACCCUACUUCCAGAAUGACUUCGCCAUGGUGACGAGUGCUAGUGGUAGGUCGACAUCCAUAUGGGCAUUCCUUAGCCCCUUUUCACCGGAGGUAUGGAUCUGUAUACUUGUGAGUUCUGUUGUAGCAGGGAUAGCUACUUCAACGUUAGAGUGGUUUAGCCCCUUUGGUCUCAACCCCAGGGGCAGGAGAAGGGACAAGAACUACACCUUGGGGUCGGGGCUGUUGAUGGUGUGGGUGCUCGUGACGGGGCACACCAUCAACGUCAAGGCGCCCAAGAGCUGGCCAGGGAAGGUGAUACAGAAUGUGUGGGCAGGCCUGGCUAUCUUCAUAAUGACCAGUUACACUGCUAAUCUGGCCGCAUAUCUGGCUGGGCAGUCCGCUGUUGUCAUGAUCAGGAGUAUAUUUGACUCAAAGUUGCUGUCCAAGAAAGUGUCCCUGAUCAAGUCGAGUGCCGUUGAAGCCUUCCUGAGUCGGAUCAACCCUGAUCUGCAUGACCAUGUGAAAACACACUACACUCACUCAGCAGAGGAGGCCAUUCUCAAACUCAGGAAGAAGGAAAUCGACGUCUACCUUGACGACAGCCCCAUCCUGGAGUACGCCGUCACACGUCUUGACCAACACUGCUCUGUUCGCUUUGCCGGGAAAGGAUUCGGCGCUGAUGGAUAUGCCUUUGGUCUUCCUCGAUUCUCCUGGAUGCAGGUCCCGCUCUCCAAUCGGAUACUGUCCUAUUCGGAAUCGGGCUAUAUCCAAGACCUGUCCCGGAAGUACCUGAGCCGGCCUAACUGUGAGGGUCUGCUUGCUAACAGCGGGGUGAAGUAUGGGCUGGAGCACACCGGGGGGUUGUUCAUCAUCCUGUCGUCCACCCUGGUGCUGUCGGUGCUGCUGGUGUGUCUGGAGCACUGUGCCUACCGCUACAUCGUUCCGUGGAUCCGGCGUCAGCCCGCCACCAGCUGGUGGAAGACUGAAGGCCUGGCCUUCAUCAGUCAGAGGCUUCAUCGAGUGGUGCGGAGCGAGGUGCUGUACUCACAGAAACAAGCAGCCCAGGAGAUGAUGAAGAUUGUCAGAGAGAGGGAUUUUACCAGACUCAUCCAAAAACAGGAACUGCAGAAACGGCGGAUGCCCCGUAAGAAGGAAAAGACGCGGGCAGAAGUGUUCCAGGAGAUAACAGCAAAUAUCGUCAGUUACCACCGAGAAAUGAAAAACGUCGUAGACUCUUUGGAGAACACGGGAGACCUUGAACCUGACAUCACUGCAGAUGCUACCGUAGACGUAAACAGAAAGGACUCAUCCCACGACGAUACCGCCAACAAUAACGACAUGGCGAAUCAGUCGUACAACCACGACCGACGAGGUAGCGCGGCGACGUUGCAGGUUAGAGUCGAGGUGGAGGAGGAUAGGGAAGGCGAUGCUAAAAAGUUGGAGGACGAGGGUUCGGACCGUUAUCCUACCCUUUGCCCUGUGUAUCCAUGCUUACCGGAAGACGCGUCAGAGGCCACGUUGUCUCAGGACUCCGCUGUUAACUCCGGGAGCGAGAGUUCCCCCGAGAACAGGAAGGGCGAGAUCUGGGUGAUAUCAGAUGGGUGUAUCAAUGAUCCAGAUUUGGUUGCACCUACUAGGAAAUUUUCGGAUAUUGGUCCUCUGAGACCCGAUAACAGCGAACUCCAGCGCGGAAUACGGAGAAGCAUGAGCCACGAGUACCAAACAGGGGACUACUUUCAACGCAAUCUGAAACUGAAAGACAACAGGGUCAAAUCGACUCUGCGACGUCACGCCAUGUCGGGAUACCAGGCGCAUGUCCCCGUUGACUAUCUUGACGAAUGUACCAUCGAGUCGCUGUCCAAGGAGGACUUGCUGCUGUUGUGGAAGAAGUCGGAGUUAGAGUUGCAGCGACGGCUGCGUGAGAUACAGACGAGGAACAAGACCAUGACCUUGGCUAUUGACUAUCUCAUGAAGAGCCAGCAGGAGGAAGUGGGAGAAGAAGUCUGAACAUUUGGGAUACACGUCUGUUCUUCUCCUCCAGUGUUGCGUCUACCUGAACGACGCUAUCAGGUUUGUCCCACUACCUGAUUGGUCACUGACUGGUCAUUGAUUGGUCACUCCAGGCACUCCCGAACACAGAUCAGUCAAGUUGGCACCGACGCACAACACGCCCUCAUUACACGUCCAGAUUUACUGCGUGAAUAUCAUUUGUUUGUCUGUGUGUCUGUUUGGCCCUACACAUGGGAUUGUCACGUGACACCGUUCACAAGUGUCUGUUGGGCAUAUAUGGCGUGUCUGAAAAGGUAUUGCGGAAGUAUAAAGUGUACUACUUGAAUCAUGAAAGACUGCGUAAUGAAUAAUACUUUUUGGGGGACAAACGUUGCCCUCAGAAGGAAGCAGUGAGUGCUGGUUUGAAGGUAUUCUUGAUUUGCAUCAUGACAUCACACGACACUAGAUAACACGUAAUGAAUUAUUAAGUCGGAUUUGGUGGUCACUAGUCUGUAGCACUUUAUUUCUGCAUUUGCUGAAAUAAUGAAAUUGCAGUUUCACAUAUUAAAUACAACUCUAGUUGUUACUGAUAUAAAUUGCCAUCUCUUAUUCAGAUAUUGCAAACAGAGUAACUCGUCCUUAUUACCAAAACACAACCACCGCAACUUAUUGAUUUGUACCUUGACCUUGACCUUUACCUUGACCUUGACCUACCAAAUACAUCAAGUAAUGAAGUAAUUGAAGACAAUGACUGUCGGGCAAAAGAAAGUAUGCACUUAAAACUGGAGUUAACAAAACAAAUGCUUAAAAAAAACCGACCGUUAUGAAAACGGCACAGGGCUUAAAACAGUCACCGUAACACUACAAACUGACUGUCCAAAAAGAGUCAUGAUACCCAUAUCAAAUACAUCACUAUCGAAUAAUCAUUUAUUGUUGUUUCAUGUUUAGCCGCCAUCAGACACAAGAGCAUACUUUCUUUUCCAGGCAGUUUAGUAUUGAACACGAAUAAACAUGUUGUUAACUGUCAAUGUCAGCCAUCAUGCUGCUUGGCCUUGAUCCACACAAUAGAUAUAGAAUUCAUGAAUAUGCAGUCGGGAUGUUAGUUGGUGGUAUGUUUGCUCUAUCUCGGAAAGAAAUUGUGGAAUUGGCUGUCGAGAGCAAAAAAUCUUUGAUGUAUAUAUUAGAAAACAUAGAAAAUGACAUGCAAUAACUGUGUCAAUCCGUCAAUAACUGGCAUACUGUUGUAAACGAGAUUCUGUUCGAUGUCUCGAGAACGGCAGUUGCCGUGAUAUAUGCAUAUACAACGAAGGUGAGUACCAUUGAUGAGAAGUAUAUGCCCCCACACCAUAACGUCCCUCCAUGACCCUUGGUUGACAUCAAUAUGCAGUCAGUCAUCCUUAGUCGGCAAGGAGCAACAGCAUCUUGUAUCUUGGGUACCUUUGGUUUCAAAUGUACCCGCUGAUUUUCUUUCCAUUUCUGAAAUAGUUUUUUACGUAUGUUGUAGACCAGUGUCUAUGGUUUGAAUUAAACUGCACUUGCAAUAUUGUGUAUCUUUGUGUCCUAUGUAACAAUAACUAAAAAAUAUUGGGAGUAUGAAUUAAGAAAAGCUUUCGGAGUAUGAAUUGAAAAGGGUUCGGAGUGUGAAUUAAGAAACAAGACAUUCAGAGUAUGAAUUAUAAAAGGAUGCAGAGUAUGAAUUAAAAAAGUGUAUUUUGAAUUGGAAUUGAAUUGGAAUCUCAACUGUCGGGGUAUGAAUUAUAUUUGAAAAACGUUCAGAGUUUGAUCUUUGACCCAUUCUGUUGAUGCGUAUCUGACAUCAAUUGUUACUAUGUAAUCUGUUUCAUAUGUACACUCUCGUAAUUGAUUGGGUUAAUUUUGACAUCAAAAGGAAGGUGAGAUGAGCAUCGUUCACAUGAAACGUUAGAGGUAGUUUUAGAAAAUAAAUAUUGAGACGAUGUUCUAACUUUUACUAACAUUAACGUGUUAUGGCCAAAGAGAUCAAUAUGAACGCUCGUGCUGUAAAUAAUUUUCUCUUACAUGACCUUCCACGAUUCUCUGGCUAGCGUAUUUGCGUUUUUAUAUGUAAACAACUGUUCCAUUCGUAUUCCUUUUAAAAUAUUUUUAAAACAAUAAUGUGACCUCUUGCUUUUAUACAGAAUUGUUGUCUCUCACAGUUCAUUGUUGGUUGAACCCUUACAGAAUGAGGGUAAGAUUUUAUGAAUAUUGGAGCCUUGGAUAUAACACAUGAAUAUUUCAUAAUUUGGAAUAACUGAAAGGUUUAAGCAAUAAACAUUCGGAUGGUCAUUUUAUUAGAUAUUAUUGUCCGACGUGUAGUAAUGACAUGGACCCCAUAUUACACCACUUCCAAAUAGGCCGCCAGAAACAGCGAGACCAGAUUGGUUUCCAAAGUGCACCUGUGGCGCCUAGACUUUCAUUGUAAGUUUUGAAUAGAACGAUCAUUAUAAGGUUUGCUAAAUGCGGACGUAAUUUCAUAGAUCAUGUAUGAUGAAUGGUUACGUGCGUAGAGACAUUGGGAAAAUAGUUUGUGGUGAGCAUUCACUACUUAUCUGCACGAAUAGCCCAAGAUUGUAAAUAUUUUAUGUCUCGUGUCAAGAGCAUAAACAAUGAUCAUGUGCCAUUAUUAAAACAACAUAUAAUUUUACAUAUUCCUUAGUGAUACGUCAUUUUCACAAUAUGUUUCCAUACAGACUGUGAAUGUCAAUAGCCCAUUCAUUACCGCGUUAUGUGUUGCUGCAAGAGAAGGAUGCGUGAUAAGAUUGAGAAUAAUAUCACCUGAACAUAGACAUUUUCCCAAAUGCUUAGUGUCAUAUGAAUGUUAAAGAGGGCUUUUGCCCUUUGUGAAAUUGUCGCUGUGCUUUUUGUGUUAAAGAGCAUGUCCACCGUGUUCUAUCCGUAGAAAUAAGCACUAAAAUGGUUGAUAAACCUUCAUAUAUGUCGCGUUAAAGUUGAUACCAUUCAUAGGAACAAUGUUCUUUCAAUGGAUUCUUUGAUUUAAAAUUACAAAUCGUUUGACUGUUUUGCAUUAAUAAUGUUAAACAUAUAUGUUUUAAUGUAUGUGCAAUCCAAAGAAUGAAAAUAAGGGUACGUCAUGAUAUGCGUAUCUAUGAGAGUAAUCAGGGUUGGUACGUUGUAGGGACUACGUAAUGAAGGCAUUCGCAGAGCUCUCCAGAUAGUAGAGGGGUUGGUUUCUAUGGCAGCUUGUUAUGACGUAUCGGAACUGUGUUACCUAUCGUUAUCAAGAUAUUUGUAUAAAUAUACUGUUAUAUUUUCAAGAGUAUGUACUAUUGUAAUUGUAUGUGUAAUUGUAGUUAAUUACUUUUUCAACAGAAUGCCGCUAUGUACAGAGCAUCCUAGCACAUUGUUAGAUACUCGACGUUCACUCUUUUAAUUAUACGAAUCGUCUUGGAAUUGUUACAGCAUUUUUAUGUUUUACAUACCUCCAAAUUGGUUUGUCUGUUACAUUUUUGUGACAAUUACAAUUUUUCAAUGGUCACCAUAUUUUGUGGAGAACAAUAAUUAUGUGAUUUGAAUAGAUUGGUUACAAUACCUUCAUGUGAACUCGUUUGUAAUUAUUCAUUAUUUAAAUAAGAGUCAUAAGCUACAUUACACAUGCUGUAUUGCAUAUCAAAUACGUUGUCGUUGUUGUCAUUAGAGUAUAUUAAAGGUUUAAAAUUUUACAACUAAUUUUUUAACCCCAACCAGUUCAUAAUGUACUUUUUUGGAAUCCUGGAUUCGUCCUGAAAUGAGGAUUCUUCGUUUGUCUGCAUCUUGCAUCCCUUCAGUCCUUGCUCCCACGCCGUGUUAUAACUAACUGUAAUACCGUUUAAAGCGGCGCUCAACCAACAUCGCUCACUCUCUCUUAAAACACAGCAAACCAUUAUCAUGCAUUGGUUGCAGUUAACCUCUUAAUUUCGGACUUUGCUAGUGGACCCAGUGACAAUGAAAUAAUCAAACUGAACAAGUAAGGUGAGCUUCAGUACCCCACAGUUUACCCUAUAAGUCAUCAGGUUUGAAUGUGUUUUGUCUCUAUGAUAUAUUUGUUGAAAUUCAUCAAAUGUGUUUGCUUAGUCCAUAGGCUCCCCUUCCUUGUCUUUAUACAACACGUGUCUGCUCACGCUGAUUAAUAUCGCUGCUGUUGGCAGUGGAGAUCGGGUCUGAACGGGCAAAUCGUGAUUGGUGGUAUCAGCACUUAUCGUGGUAGAAAUGUCACAGCUAGAGAUAUGGUCCUAAUGUUAACGGGUGGCAUGGCUGGCCAUUGCAGUCCAAACUCGUGCAAAUUAGAAUCCUUUACUCGUGCAAGAACCCGGCUGUCAUUGGUUCGAUCCAAUGGAUCUUCAGUACAAUGCAUGUGUUCACAGAAGAUGAAAACGUUAAUGAAAGUGUCACUAUUGGCUUUUGUCAUGUUGAAAUACUGUUCAAAGCGGCUUGAAACCUAUUUCACCCAAAUGAUCUCGGUUAACAGAUCCGAAUGUUAGACAUGUAUGGAGUUUUGUUUGUGUACAUAUGUUUAUUAUGAAGGGAAAUGUUCUAAGUAAUAGAUUAUAUCUACAAAUAUUUUGACUGUGAUUUUCCCCGUAACCCGGGUUUGUUUGUACAUAUACUCGAAUGUAGAAGAUCGCAUGUAUUUCGCAAUAAAGACCUUCGUACAAGA